GAAUAGCGGAGCAGACUAGACGGGCUGAAUUACCUUAAUCUGCUCCCAUAUUUUAUGUUUGUCCGGAGAAUCCGGGUCAGGAAAUUUGAUGACCAAUUAUAGGGCAUUUCCAAAGCCCAUCUUUCACACUGUUUUAAUGGACCGCUGCGAGCGCUGAUGGUUACUGGUCGUGUGCCCUCGGAACAACAGUUCCUCAACACACUUCGUCCUGUCUAAACAUUUCUACUCUACCAGGGGUGGAUCUGUGGGUUUCAGUGAGAGCGCUUCCAACCCCAGAGAAGUCAUUGGAGGAGUCUCCUAAUCCAAGAAUCAUCGCGCACCUGUCGGCCUCUCCAAGGACUGUGGAAGAAAGUCACCAUCUGUCCCCCGUUCCUGACCCGAUCACUCCAGGUUCCAGCUUUCAGUUCGGGACGGGGCACCGGCUCUCUCCUCCUCCGAGCCUGUGUCUCGGUCCCCAGGGGCGGCCGGGGAGGCGGGGCGCCCUAAACCGCGCUGGUUACCGCCCCCGAGAGCGGAGCCGGGCGGCCGGCGCUGGUGUCGUUCAGCGGGCUGGAGCACCGAUGGGAACCCGGCACUCGAGCCGGUGCAUCCUCCGCCGGGCACCGCGAGUCGCCGAGGGUGGCACCGAGGUGUCCAGUGAUUCCUCAGAGCCCUUAACGAUUACACAGCCAGAUCAGUCGAUUGGAACUACACAGCAAUCACAGUCACCGACUCGGACAGUGACCGAGACGACAGACCAGAAGGUCACUCAGACCCUGGUGCAGACAACAGGGCAGACAACAGACACAGCGGCACAAACAGUGAUCCAGGAAUUUCCUCAGGCAGGUUGUCUGCAGACAGGCCAAGAAGCAAAACUUUUCACUCCAGAUGAAAUGACUUCAAGAGAUUACUACUUCGAUUCUUACGCACAUUUUGGCAUCCAUGAGGAAAUGUUAAAAGAUGAAAUCCGAACCCUAACGUAUCGGAAUUCCAUCUACCACAACAAACACGUGUUUAAGGACAAGACGGUGCUGGAUGUGGGCAGUGGAACAGGAAUAUUAGCAAUGUUCGCAGCCAAAGCAGGAGCUAAGAAAGUGUUUGGGAUUGAAUGUUCCAGCAUCUCUGAUUAUUCUGAGAAGAUUAUCAAAGCAAACCACCUGGAUAACAUAAUUGUAAUUUUUAAUGGUAAAGUGGAGGAAGUGCAGUUACCUGUGGAUAAAGUGGACAUCAUUAUCAGUGAGUGGAUGGGCUACAGUCUCUUCUACGAGUCGAUGCUGAACACGGUGAUCUUUGCCCGAGACAAGUGGUUGAAACCUGGAGGAUUGAUGUUCCCGGACCGAGCCACUUUGUAUAUCGUAGCCAUUGAAGACCGUCAGUUCAAGGACUUCAAAAUUCACUGGUGGGAAGACGUUUAUGGAUUUGAUAUGACGUGCAUCAGGAAUGUGGCCAUCAAGGAGCCGCUGGUGGACAUUGUGGACCCUAAACAAGUCGUGACCAAUGCUUGUCUCAUCAAGGAGGUGGAUAUCUACAAUGUGAAGACCGAGGAUCUGUCCUUCUCUUCCACGUUCCGCCUUCAGGUUCAGAGAAAUGAAUAUGUCCACGCUCUGGUGACAUAUUUUAACAUUGAAUUUACGAAGUGUCACAAGAAGACUGGAUUUUCAACAGCUCCAGACGCUCCGUACACACACUGGAAACAGACAGUAUUUUACUUAGAAGACUACUUGACAGUGAAACUGGGAGAAGAGAUUUGUGGCACUAUCACAAUGAAUCCCAAUGCUAAAAACAACCGCGAUCUGGAUUUUACACUGGAGCUGGAUUUCCGGGGCCAGUUGUGCGAAGCAUCAUUCUCUCAUGAUUACAAAAUGCGUUAACUGUUUUACAAUUCUUUGUCUCAUAUCUGCUAUUAUUCUGGUGUUAUGGAUAUUAGGAUGUGGAGUCCAGCACCUGACAAUCCCCAACACAAGUUACAUUCUAGAGACAUAAAUGCCCUUCUUUCUGAUCUCUCAGAGUUAGCAAGGCACGAAGUGUUUCAAAGCCAGAAAAUCAAACCUGCUGCAUUAAAACGUAACACUAUCACUUGUUUCAAGAUUCCUCUUCAGAAAUAGAAGUGUGCCAAGAAUUAAUACAUGGUGAAACCUGAUUUUGUGUUGGUAAUUAUUGGCUGCUUCACAUCUACUUGCAAGUUAUGUCAACGUUUUUGUAAAAGGUUUCUGAGAUGUAUAGCAACGGAAGGUAUUCUGAUCACAAACGAGAAAAUCUGCAGAUGCUGGAAAUCCAGAGUAACACACACAAAAUGCUGGAGGAACUCAG